AUGAAAUCAUAUAAUCGAUUUUGUUUAUGUUCACGUCGUAAUGAAGUACAUAAUUCUGAUGAUGAAUUUCUUUUUCAUGAACAACAAUUAACUCAUAAUUUAAUUAAUCAUAAUAUUCAACGUUUACAAGUUAAAGGUGAUGGUAAUUGUCUUUUUUAUGCACUUGCUGAAGGUCUUAUCUAUGAAAUGAAAAUGGAUCCAAAUAGAUUUCAUUUACAAUUAGAAGCAUUUGGUUUAUCAUCAAAUUUUCGUUUAAUUGAAUUUGCCAAUCGUUUACGACAAAUAUGUGUUAAUGAAUGGAAAUCAAAUGAACAAUUUUAUAGUCAAUUUGUUGAUACACAUAAAGUUUCAUUUCAUAAAGAAAUUAAAAAAUUUUCAAAAAAUGGUGUUUCAGAUUCUACAUUAGGUGAUAUUGUACCAUUGACUAUAUCAAAUAUAUUUAAUAUUAAAAUUAUUAUAUUCACAUCCGUUUCUGAUUUAUCUCAAAUUGAAAUAAAACCAGCAAAUGGAAAUAAUUUAUCAUUACCUCAAAAAACAAUUUUCUUAGCUUAUAAUCAAUAUGGAUUAGGACAUUAUGAUGCAGCCUAUCCUCAUACUUGA